UUGCUGCGAACACACCUCUCAAAUACGUCAAUUUAAUCGUCAUUUCGAUGCGACAUGUUGUCAAAAAGCUAACAGCACAGCAGGGUAUUUCGGAUCGCCUGGGGCGCAGUCCACACUCCCACAAGACACUGAGCGACAGAAGGUAUAUUGUCCAGGAGGCCCAGACCCUCUUCAGACAGGACCAACAGUUGACAGAUCAGGAAUCAAUAAAGAAGUGCUUAGCAGAAUGUGAGGCAAGGAUAGAAAUUGUUUCGCAGGUCUUUAUUACAGAAAUCCCUAUCCAAGACUUAUCUACCUGCUUAUAAUGGGACUGGCAACCCAGAAAGGCAGGAAGCUGAAAGCACAGCAACGCAUGAGGAAGCAGGCCAAGCCAGUUUACUUAGUCACAUGAGGACAGCUGAUACUACAGCUGAUACUAGAUGAACUCUAUAUUCUUGUGAAGGUUUUAUGUUACCAAGGACAGGAGGGGAGUUACUGACUGAUCUCAGGAGUUGAGUUGAAAAUCCAUCUUAUAUAUUGGAGGAAAAUAGUCAUUAAUUUCCAUUGUUCAUCACGCAAAUCAAUGUUCAUCAAGCACAUUGCAUUGUAAACUGCACUGUAGCAUCCAAUCCAUGAUGUCUGCAACAGUACACUGUACCAAGUAUAUUUAUGCAUGUGAUUCCUGACAAGAGCUGCUAUGUGGAUGUCAGCAUUGUCUGUCCUGUAAGAUAAGUAGCCAUAAAGAUUUAUGAUACUAUUUUGAAUAUAUUUAUCAUUUCAACUCUGCAUUCAUUCGUUCAAGGAAAUAGUAAAAAGUCAGAUGAACUCUGUCGGGUUGAAAAAUAGACUUAAGGAUUUAUUGAGUAAAGUGCAUUAGAGUGCAUACACACAACAAAGGUUUUAUUCAUUUAACACCACCUUCAGUUUAUCAACUGUUAAAUUUAACUGAUAGGAACAAUGUCUUACUAUAACCAGUUAAAGAUUAGUAGGCUACUCUCUUUAAAGAAAAGCCUGCUUUUUUUUUAGCGGCUUUCCAGUUUUAAAGGUAAAGUGCAACCACCCAAAAAUAUUUUCUGUCCUUGGUUGCAACACUCACUACCGAGUUCCAAACUGCCUCUGGAAGCAACGUCAGC